AUUUUUUCUUGAUAAGAAGCAAAAUAUGAAAUUAAACAAACCGAAGUGGGGCAGCAAUGUAGGAAAAGGUCAAGGGGAGCCCAACCCAGCCGAGAAACACAAAGAUUAAACGAAAAAAAAAAAUUGUCGGAUCUUGCCAAUGAUUUCUUAAAUAAUCAGACAAAAACCCAAAAUUCACGUCGUUCGGAGGUGAUAUUAGAUUUCCUCGAAGCGACAAUCGAAAACACGCCAUUUUCAAGAUUCGAUUUUUAUUUCGGAACUCUGUAUCUGCUUUGUGGGCUCUGCAUCAAUCGAUUCUCAACCCUUUUUUGCCGAAGGUCCAGAUAAUGGGUUUUGUCGGAUUCUGAAUCGACAACAAGCCCGUUUUUUGAAUAAUAACUUACUACAGAAAAUAUCCUUACACUAAUCGGAACACCAUGGUUCAGACAUUAGAAGCUAUAAGGGGUGGAGGAGGAUCCGUGAAAAUCGGUACAACUGGCACAAUCAGUGCACUAAUGACAAGAGAAAUAGAAUAUUCUGCAUCUAAAGUUCCUCCGCUUUGUACUUCUGCUCCGACCAAUGACGUCACUCCUCGAAAACCGAAACCAAGAACAUCAUCGGACGAAGCAAGCAGCAGCAGCACAACCACAACCGCAAGCACCGUUAAAAACGAAGCGAAAAAGACAAAGCACCAGUCCGUACGAACCCACCAAAUUCCGAUGCUUGCAGCCGAUAAUAUAUCCCUAGACGGAACUCCCGUAAGACAAAAGCCCGUCAAGAAGGGGCCCACGGGCGUGGUCGAAAUCGUGGACAUAAAAUGCGGAAGUUCAGACAAGAACUGGGUGAACCCUAUAGCAAAUCGGCUAAAGAAACUCGGAUUCUCUAAACUAUCGUCGGACAACGUUAAUUAGCCCUAAUGCUGCAACUGCAACUUCUUGAUAUCGGCUUUCAGAUUUCUGUAAGCCAGUUUAGAGAACUUACUCGGUUUAUUGCUUUCCUCUACUUCCACCAUAGAACACAUGCUCGGUAUGAAUCUCUUGCUCACUGCCCUCUUCUUCUUUGCUGGUUCAAGAUUGGAUUUUGAGAACUCGCCUCGUUUAGAAGGGUUGUUGGAGCUCGUUCGAGCAGCUAACUCGAGUCGGCUGAAGUAUUCCAUUUCUUGCAUGAUGAGUGAUCCGACGGUACCUCUUGUCCCUAUUGCUACUGGAUUAGAUUUCGUGGUCAUUUUUUCGGGAAUUUCUGAGGGGAAGAAGGCGUGCGAUAUUUCUUGAAGUGUUGUUGUAGGUAUUUUCUUGGUCGAAGAUUCGGUUAGAGUAGUGUGCAUGUUUUAGCUUGUGUGCUGUUGUUGUUGCUUUGUGGGUUUAUUUUUUUUCAUGAGUUUCUUUAACUUAUAAUUGGGAGGUGAGGUGAGGUGAAUGUGGUCACUGGAUUCAUGUGCAUGCAAUUAAAUCAAUUUAUGUUGAUCUCUCUC